AUGGGGAGGGGAGUGAGCGGCUGCAUGGUGCUUACCUACCGGCUGAGACCUCAGUGCUUUCCUAUGGACACUCUUCAAUAUUUUCAGAUUUUCUUGAGCACGUUGCCUGAGAUUGGGUAUAGUGCUUUUACUGAGUACCUGAUGUCCUCAACAGUUAAAUGGGAGGACUGUUUCGUGUUCUUCAGUUGGAUAUUUUCCAAUUUAUCUCUGAAUGAGCGUUGCCUGUCAGCAUCAUUAGUCUGUAAAUAUUGGCGUGACCUCUGUUUGGAUUUUCAGUUUUGGAAGCAACUGGAUCUCAGUAGUCGUCAACAGGUCACCGAUGAGCUGUUGGAAAAGAUAGCAUCAAGAAGCCAGAAUAUUACUGAAAUCAAUAUUUCUGAUUGUCGCAAUGUAUCUGAUACAGGCGUAUGCAUAUUAGCAAUUAAAUGUCCUGGACUCCUCAGGUAUACUGCCUACAGGUGUAAACAGCUUUCUGACACUUCUAUUAUUGCAGUUGCCUCUCAGUGUCCUCUUCUUCAGAAAGUGCACGUAGGCAAUCAAGACAGACUCACUGAUGAAGGCCUAAAGCAGCUAGGUUCAAAAUGCAGAGAAUUGAAAGACAUUCAUUUUGGGCAAUGUUACAAGAUCUCAGAUGAAGGAAUGAUCAUUAUAGCUAAAGGCUGUCUGAAGUUGCAAAGAAUAUACAUGCAAGAAAACAAAUUA